AUGGACGGAUCAAGGCCAGAAGCCGGGAGACGGCGGCAGCAGCAGGAAGAGACCCUUCUGUCGCCGCUUCUGUCGCCGCGUUUGUCGCCGAUUAGACAGCUAGCGGGCGACGGCGUCGCACGGCCGCUUCAGCGAUUCCCUCAGGUGCUUUCCCUUCGAAGCGCGAUCGCGGAGAGCGCAAAGGAGGAGGAGGAGGACCAUCCAUGGCUGGAGAAGAGUUUCCGUGGCGCCGCGAAUGGCGCCGCGAAAGGCGCAUCUGGUGACACGUCAGCAGCGGCGGAAGAGGCGGAUCCGACGGAGCUGAGCAGCUACCAUCACGUUCCGUUGUUCCGUUGUGCCCCUUUCUCCUUUUCCUUAUUCCCCUCCCUCGUCGUCUUUCCCCCUUUCAACCCUCUUCAUCCCUUUUCCACCCCUCUCCUUCCCCCCCUCCACCUCCCUCCAUCCCUCUCCACCCCUCUCCACCCCACCCCACGCCUCUCCAUCCUCCACCACCCCUCCCCCUACAGUCUCGACGCGUCCUCUCGUACGCGCAUGGCUCUGCGCGCCUCCUUCCACCUCUCCCCCCUCCUCCCCGCGCUCCUCCUCCGCUUCUCCGCCCUCCAGCGCCUCACCCUCCGCUGCGACCACCCCCCACCCGCCCUCCUCGCGCCCGCGGGGGAAGUUGGAAGCAGCAGCGCGAGGGGGGGCGGCGGCGGAAGAGAGGGCGCGGGCGGGGCAGGCGGGGGGGGGGACUACCAGUAUUAUCACUAUCAGCAGGCGCAUCAGAUGGGGGAGGCGGAGGCGGAGGCGGAGGGGGGGGGUGACAACCCGUGGGCAGGUGACAACCCGUGGGCAGGUGACAACCCGUGGGCAGGUGACAACCCGUGGGCAGGUGACAACCCGUGGGCAGGUUUGUGGCUGCACAAGUUUGUGGCUGCACAAGUGACAGACGCGGGCAUGGAGGCAAUUGCGCGCUCGUGCACGGGGCUGCACAAGUUUGUGGCGGACAAUUACCGGUUCGGCGGCAAGGGCAUUGCGGCGCUGCUGCUGCACUGCCACUGA